AUGGCCGACACACCGUCCAACAACGCCGCCGCUCCGACCAACAACCCCGAAUCUGAAGUUCCUGCCGUGCAGGACACGCCCACCGAGGACCCGGCAGAAACACAUCCAACCGAAGAGGAUGCCGAGCAGCCCGAUGACGCGCCCUUCCUCGUAUCCCCGCUGGAGCAAAUUCACGAGAUCCGGCAAUCCGUCAUCGAGCACCCGGUCGCCGUGCAAUACUCGUGCUUCCACCUCGAACAUAACGGGCAACGAAUUAAUGAUUUUGUCCAGGUCUCGGACGUGGAGGGUCUUGCUGCUGACUCCGAGCUGCAUGUCGUUGAAGAUCCCUACACUGAAAAGGAGGCCAGGAUUCAUUUUAUCCGGAUCAGAGAGCUGAUUGGCGCCGCGGGGGACCGUACCGACACGGCCCAGGGCAUUCUCGCUGGUACUUCGAUUCACGACGAUGUUGUGGCUGCCGCCGCCGAGGAGGCCGAGAAGGAGGUCCAGCCCUACGAUUUUACCACGACCCCCGAACUCUCCGUUCUCCUUCCCAAAGAGACACCGCCUGCGCCUAAAACCGUUAAGUUGAUCACACUGUCGUCGUGGAACCCGCCACCGGCCCAGUGGAGGCAAAAAGGUCACCUUCUCUACCUCGCUAUCACCACGAACGAGGGUGAGCAACACCAUGUGACUGGGCACGCCGGGGGGUUCUUCAUCAACAAUUCGAACAAGGACAAGUUCAACCCUACACCACGGACCGAUGCCAAGGGCGCCUCGGCUCACUCUCUCUUCACCCUCCUCGACAAGAUUUCGACCUCGUUCGCGAAGUCGUUUGCCGAGCUCCAGCAGUCCGCAAACACCAAGGAACCCUUGGCGACAUUUCAGAUCGGCAACACGGUCCCCUCAGCCCCCUGGAUUGUGCCAUCAGCCACCUCGCCGCUAUGUGCUCACAUCUCCGAUCCGACAAGACCCCAGGAAACCUUCCUGCUGGGCGGUGCCGAGAACACGGAUUCGCUGAGAGACUGGAACGAGGAGUUCCAAUCUGCCAAGGAGCUUCCCAGGGACUCGAUCCAGGAUCGUGUUUUCCGGGAACGAUUGCUCGCCAAGCUAUAUGCCGACUACAACGAUGCUGCGGCUCGCGGUGCGGUGUUGGUUGCCCGCGGCGAGGUUGCUCCGCUCAACCCAACUGAAGGACGGGAUGCUCAGAUUUUCGUUUAUAACAACGUCUUCUUCUCCUUUGGCGCUGACGGCGUCGGCACCUUCACUAGCGAGGGCGGCGACGAGGCUGCGCGCGUGGCUACCGGGAAGGACGUCCAUGGUGUCAAGCUCGUGAACCAGCUCGACAUCGACGAUUCCACUACGGCGGCGGUCGAUGGCAAGGACAUUGUUGCUGCUGACGAGAGCUUUGCCCCUUCGUUUGAGAAACUCGCACAAGCAUUGCGCGUCAAGAAGCACGCUGUGUGGGACAAGGACAACAAACGCUUCGACCUGGAGGCUAGCGUCGAGAUGAAGGGCCUCCUUGGCACUGACGGUCGCAAGUACGUCCUGGAUUUGUACCGCAUCACGCCGCUGGACAUCACUUGGAUGGAGGAGAACAGCCCCGAGGGUGCCGAGUACCCCCAUCGUAUGACCGUCCUGCGACCUGAGCUAGUAGAGGCCUUGGGCAAGCAGAAGGCUCGCGACUUCGUCAACGCCGAGUUGCAAAAGCGUGCGGCCUCGAAGAAGCAGGACGUAGUUGAGGAGCCCAAGGAGGAAAAGCCGGAGGAGAAGGCCGAGGAGAAGAGCGAAGAAGGCAAGGCCGAGGGCGAGGAGGCCGACGCAAGCGAGGAGAAGGGCGAGGAGAAGAAGGAGGAGGAGGAAAAGACGGAGAACGAGCGAAUCGACAUGUCGAACUUCAAGUUCGCCCUGAACCCCGACACCUUUAGCGGCCAGAACCCUCAGACCGACGAGGAAAAGGAGGAAAUGGCCAAGGAUGAGCAGGAGGUUCGCGAUGCCUGCACCUACCUCCGUGAUACCGUCAUUCCCGCCCUUAUUCGGGAUCUGAACGAGUCCGACAUCAGCUUCCCGAUGGAUGGUCGCUCGCUCACCUCCCUUCUGCAUCGCCGCGGUAUCAAUCUGCGGUACCUCGGCAAGCUGGCGUCGCUGAGCGAAAACACUCGCCUGGAGUGCUUCCGUGAUGUCUGCGUCCGCGAGAUGAUCGCGAGAUCGUUCAAGCACGUCGCCGCCAAGUACCUUAAGACGCUGCCUCUGCCGCUUACUUCGUCUUGCUUCUCACACCUCUUCAACUGCUUGCUAGGGACAGAGCUAAACCCCAAGCCGGUGGCCGAGAUCGACGAGUCGUACCGUUCGCUUUUCGACGAGGCUGAUCUCGCAUUCGAGAAGGUUACCCCCGAGGGUCUGAGGGAAGAAGUCCAGAGCGAGGCUGCUCGCAGGUUCCGAUUUGUCCUGCCAGAUAGCUGGUGGAGCCAGGUUAGGCAUCUGCAGCUACUCCGUGAGAUUUCCCUGAAGCUCGGCCUCCAGAUCCAGAUCAAGAAGUUCCGCUUCACUCAGUCCGUUGAGCCUGAGCCUGCGCCGCAGACCAACGGCCAGCCACAGGCCGAGCCUGCGGCAAAGAAGAAGAACAAGAAGAAGUCCCGCGAUGGGUCGCCUUCUACCACGGCGUCGCCCGUUGUUGCGCCGCACACUUUCAGCCCUGAUGACUUUGUCAAUAUCGUGCCCAUCAUCAAGGACUCGUGCCCGCGCAGCGCGCUGGCCGAGGAGGCACUGGAGGCUGGCCGCCUGUCGAUCUACCAGAACCAGCGGAAGCUCGGCGAGGACCUCCUCCUCGAGUCGCUGUCUCUGCACGAGCAGAUCUAUGGCCUUGUUCACCCCGAGGUUGCUCAAAUGUACCACACGCUCUCUCAGCUGUACUUCCAGCUCGACCAGAAGGACGCUGCCGUGGAGCUGGCCAAGAAGGCCGCUAUCGUCGCCGAGCGGACAGUCGGCCUCGAUUCGGCCGAGACGGUGCUCAACUACCUCAACCUGAGCCUUUUCCUUCACCAGCGCGGCGACAGCAAGCUCGCUCUCGGCUACGCCAAGCACGCGCUUGACAUCUGGAAGGUCAUCUAUGGCCCGGACCACCCGGACACGAUUACCACCAUCAACAACUACGCCGUCAUGCUGCAGAGCCUCAAGGCGUACCACGAAUCCCGCCGCUGGUUUGAGGAGUCGCUCCGCGUCUGCGAGAAGGUCUUUGGCCGCCAGUCUAUCAACUCGGCAACGCUCCUUUUCCAGCUUGCGCAGGCCCUCGCCCUCGAUCAAGACUCUAAGGCCGCCGUCGACCGCAUGCGCGAGAGCUACAACAUCUUCCGUGCCUCCCUUGGACCCGAGGAUAAGAACACCAAAGAGGCCGAGCACUGGCUCGAGCAGCUCACGCACAACGCUGUCUCUAUCGCCAAGCAAGCCAAGGAUCUCCAGGCGCGCCGCGCCCGCGCCGGGUACCGGUUUGCCUCGCGCGGUGUCAGCGUCGGCGUCGGCGCGACUGGCGCUACUGGCGCGGCGGCGACCGAGUUCGCUGGCAAGCCGACGCCGCCGCCGUCCAUGGACGGCCGCACCAUCGACGAGCUCGUGCGGUACAUUGAGGGCACGGACAAGAAGAAGACUGGUGGCGGUGGUGCCGGCGGGAAGAAGCGUGCCGGGCGCGGGAACCCCAAGAGGAGGGGUGGCGCUACUGGCGGGAGUGCUUAA